AUUUGUGCCUUGAUGUACAUAACCAAACUUGGAAAAAUGUCUUUUGCAAAAAAACAAACAAUGUAUGAUAAAUUAUCGUAAAAAUACCUCAUUCACACACCAAUUAGUAAUAAAUAGUUGUAUUUUUUAUAAUAUUAAUUCACAAUGAUAACCUUAUCACAACGCUUAAAAAGAAAAACGGAAAGCAAUGAACCCACCUCAUCAAGAGCCUCCAUAAGAGAUAGAUUGCUUGUAAAAGAAGCUCAAGAAAUGUCCCAAUUGUUACCAACGUGCUGUUCUGUUGACUAUAUGAACGUUAAUGACUUAAGUAGUUUUAUUUUAAUAGUAAAGCCAACAGAAGGAUAUUGGGAAGGAGGAACCUUUAGAUUUGAAAUAAAUGUUACUGACGAGUAUAACAUGGUGCCUCCUGUAGUUAAAUGUGUAACCAAAUUAUGGCAUCCUAAUAUCACUGAAUCUGGAGAAGUAUGCUUAUCUCUCCUCCGAAGACACAGUGUGGAUGGCAUGGGCUGGUCCCCUAUUAGAAGACUGAAUGAUGUAGUAUGGGGACUUAAUGCCUUAUUCACAGAUUUAUUAAAUUUUGAAGAUCCUCUGAAUGUAGAAGCUGCUGAAAUGUAUAGGAAUUCUAAAGAAGAGUUCAAAAUAAAGGUUAUGGAGUAUGUUACUACUUAUGCUAAAGACUAGAUUACAAUUUAAUGCGUUCUUGUAUUUCUUUCACCUUGAAUUAGAUAUUUGCUGUAUUUAUUAUGUAUAGAUAAGAUAGAAGUACAGUUAUCUGCUUAAAAAGGCAUCCUGGAUAAUUUAGAAUUGAAAAAAAUCAGAAAAAAUAUAUUAACAUUACAUUUUACUAAUUUUUUUACAUUUGAGGCAAAUGUAUUCUUAGUAUGUGUCAAAGAUGUUUAAAAAAUGUAAAUUUAAAUAAUUUUUAAUAUAAAAUGGCCAUGAAUCUAUUAAAAUAGAGCAUACUCUUGGCAUAGAUUGUAAUGCUUUGAGAUAUUAAAUUGUGCAGGCAUAUAUAUGUAUAAAAAAUAUUUUUAUAUUUGAUAACUUCUCAAAAAAUUAAUUUUGUUAACUAUGUGCAGUUUAUGAUUUAAAUUUUUCGAUAGAUGCUUGUAAUUUAUUUAUAGUUAAAAAUUGUGAUAAGUACGAUUGCUUUUUCAUUUGUAAAUGUGUAAGAAGGAGUAAUGAUAUUCUAAAGUAUUUUCGGUGUUAAAUUACCUUUUCAGCGUUUUACUUAAUAGAGUAAAACGACUUUCUCAGUAUUUGUCUG